UGCUAGUCCGCCCCGGCUGGCGCGGCCCAUGGUCCCAUCCAUCCUCGGAGAUGCUGCCGGGGCUGCCCGCCCUCGUGGGCUCGGUGGUGCUGUGGCUGAGCAGCGCAGCCCCCCGGGGCCUGUCGGAGCAGUCUAUAAAAUGCUUCCCUGAGAAUGGUCCGUCCAGAGAGUGGCUGGUCAGAAACAAGCUGACUCCAGGGGGGCUGCGGACCCUCCGUGUGGAUUCUGUUGCCAGCCCCAAGACCAAUCCGGAUGCGGUCCUUCUGAACAUAAGCUGGGUCCUCAAACAAGACGGCAGCAUCCAGAUGCUGAAGGCCACCAAGAUUUGUGUGCACGGAAAAGGCCAAUUCUUAACCCACAGCUGUGUGAGAUGCAAUUACACGGAAGUAUUUCAGAGUCAGACCUCACCCGAUGGAGGCAGAUGGGAGUUCCAUUACCUUGGAUUUCCUAUCAAGCCAGAAACCGCUUAUUUCAUCAGCGCCAACAAUAUCCCACCUGCAAAUAUGAAUGAAGAUACUGCCACCAUAUCUGUGAACUACACCUCACCAGACUGCCUGGACCCAGUGAUGAAGUAUACAAAAAAGUGUCAGGACUAUGGGAGCCUGUGGAGACCGAACAUCACCGCGUGUCAGAAGGAGAAGAGCGUGGAGGUGAAUUUCAGCACCAGCAGCCUCGGGCACCAUUACGAAGUCCUGAUUAUCAGCCACAACAUCCUCGACAUCCUUGGGAACAGCGACAUCUUGGAGCUGAACCAGAGCCGGGCAACUGUGACCAUCCCAGUGACGGCAGAGGAAGGGAAAGGGGCCCUAGUGCAGAUAAUCCCUUAUUUCUCUACGUGCAACAACGACUGCAUCCGGCGCAGAGGAACCAUCUUCAGCUGCCUGGAAAGCGUCACUUUGGUCGGCCUGAAAAAAAGCCAACCGUGGAAGCGCCUGCUGUACUUGCUGCUCCCGGCUCUGAGCGUGGCCCUGUGGGCGCUAGCGGCGGGACUCUACCUUCUGUGGAGACACGGAAAGGCCCAGAAGGCUCCUCCCCACGUGCCCCCGCUCCUCCCGCCCAUCAGGGUGCUCCUCGUGUACCAUCCCCAGGCCUGCUUCCGGCACACCGUCUGCGCCUUCGCCCAGUACCUGCAGGGCCACUGCAGAAGCGACGUCAUCCUCGACCAGUGGCAGAAGGGGAGGGUGGCAGAAAUGGGCCUGGUUCUGUGGCUCACGGCCCAGAAGAAGGAGGCGGACAGAGUCGUGUUCCUCUUCUCCAGCCCGGCAGAGGCCUGUGACGGCUCCUGUGACCCGAGCGCCGGCGGGCACCGCGAGAGCGCCCAAGACCUCUUUGCCCUCGCCUUCAACCUCUUCUGCAGCGACCUGAAGAGCCGGGCUUCCCUGGCCAAGUACCUGGUGGUCUCGCUGGGGAAGGCCGUCCUGUCGGAGGACCUCGGCGCCCUCGGCGUGUGCCCCAGGUACCAGCUCAUGAAGGAGGCCGGCCCCUUCUGCAGAGACCUGCUCAGCCUCUAGCCCUGGGCCCCCGCAGAGAGGGCUCGCCCGUCUCACUGUCCCCGUGAAGUGCAAGGAGACGCGGACAAGGGGAAACCCUGCAAGAGCUUCCGGCGAGGCCCCGAGCACUAAGAGCCCUUGGAGAAGGGGAAGGGGCUGUCAGCUUGUGGGGGCUGCGAGCCAGGGGGAGGGCGAGAGAGGCCCACAGAGCAGGGAGGACCCUGGAUCCGGCUCCCGGCCGCAAAAACGCUCACUAAUAAGCACAUGAUCUCUGCUGACCAAACUCCCAACUCAGAAGCCAGUUACUAUUUCUGCUUUUCACAAAUGUACAUAAAGAGUGACGGAUUACUGAUGUA